AUGAUCAUCCCGGACAAAUUGGUGGGAGAUCCGUCAAGACGCAUCGAAGUAUCAGCUGUUGAGAGUCAACAUCACCUGCAUUUCUUUGACAACAAAGUCCUGCCUACGCAACUCACUCCAGAACAAGCACGUUCUGCAGAGGAGAAGAAGUGGUGGUACGACCCCAAGUAUAUCAUCACCGAACUCAACGUAAACAGCGCCAUCGCAAGGCCCGCGCAUGAAGAGAUCCUCAUGCUCGACCCCUCCGCUGAGGCUACUCAGUCUUCGAUUUACGAGCUGAAAGGAUAUGCCUACUCUGGUGGCACUGAGAUGUGUUACCAACUCGAACUGGCGGGGGCCAACGUCAUCUCCGUGCGCGGAAUGGACGAGUCCAUGAAUAUGCAGCCGAGAGACAUGUAUCCGAACGCAACGUCUAUGAUGAACAACUGGUGGCAUCGCGUUGCAAUCUUGAAGCAAUGUUCUGUUGAAGGGGUGAUUACCGAGCUCAGGUUUGUGCACCCUGCGCCUGUUGGCAAGUACUCCGCAGGUUGGAUGGAGCUCAUGACAAAAUCAGGAGCGAAUAUUCUCCGCCCUGAUUUCUCGGCAUCCGCCCUCGCUACUCUUCAAGACAAUGCUGUUUCUCAAACUCAAACACCCUCUGUCCCUAAAGGAGGCAACGGGAGACUAGUGACGCUCCGUGAACUGAGGACACAACCAAAAGACAAGCCCUGGUUUGUUGUUGACGGCGAAGUCUACGACGGGACUGGAUAUCUACAUGACCAUCCGGGCGGAGAGGACAGCAUUCUUCUCGCAGCUGGAGAAGACGCAAGCGAGGACUUCAGAGCCAUUCACUCUGCGGAUGCGUGGGCGAAGCUCCGGCAGUUCCACGUCGGGACUCUUAUCAAAACUGGUACCCCCAAUGAUGCAGAAACCGAGGCGUCAGAAGACGAGACAUCAGGCCGUUUCCUCUCCCGCGUGUCUGGCGCCAAGUCACUCUUGUCAACGUUGAAGUCAUUAACCACGACACUCGCCUGUACCGCUUCGCGCUACCAGAUCCAGAUCAGCCUCUCGGAUUGCCGACUGGCCAGCACGUCUUCGUCCGGCUGA